UAGUAGAUACCAGAGGGGGCAAAACGCAAUCUUCUCGUCAUCCCACCAUCCUGGUCGCCGAGCCUCCGACCGGCGGCGCGGAGUAGCCGCCGAACCACCGGUCCCCGCGGGCAGCCAUGGGCGGGCACGGCGGGCUGAACAUCCUCCCGCAGAAGCGGUGGAACGUCUACAACUUCGACAACCGCGAGAAGGUCCGCAACGACGAGGCCGCCGCCGCCCGCGAGGAGCAGCUCCAGCGCGAGGCCGAGCGCCGCCGCGAGUCGGACCUCCGCCUCGCCGCGCUCCGCCGCAACCGCGGCCUCGUCCAGGAGGAGCCGCCCUCCGCCGCUCCCCCUCCUGCCGACGGCGCCGCCGGGGGUGCCGCGGCGGAGGAUCCGGCGGACGCCCUUCCGUCCCCGGCCUCCGACGGAGACCACAUUAACCUCUUCUCGGGGAGAUCCGGCGCAGCAGCCGACUUCGCCGCGCUCGCCUCGGCCAGCGGCGGGAGGGGCGCCGCGCGUGAGCGGGACCCCGACGCCAACCCUAACCAGAAGAACCCUAAGAAGCGGAAGAAGGAAGAGGAGGUCAGGGCGGUGGGGCCCGACGAGGAGAAGUACAGGCUGGGCUACGGCCUCGCCGGCAAGGGUGUGGCGAUUCCCUGGUACAUGUCGAACCCUGCGGCGGCGGCGGCGAAGGAGGGGAGGGCCAGAGAUGCAGGGGAAGGGAGCGGGGGUAAGAGGAGUGGAGGGAAGAAGACCAUUGAGGAGCUGAGGGAGGAGAGGAAGAAGAGGGAGGCCAAGGAGAAGGAGCGCGAGCGUGCCGUGCUGGUUGCUGCGGGGAGGAAGGAGAGGCAGUCUGAUCGGGGGCGCCAGUCAAGAUGGGCUCGGUGAUAUGAGGAUUUUCAUGGUAUAAUGUGCAGGAUUGCAAAGGAUGUUUGUUGAAGGAUAAUUCAUGUAACUGGAGAUGGCCUGAAUACCUUAUCAAGUAUAUGCAGAUGAUUGCACCUGGCAGCAAGAAUUACACUGUUCAUUUGCCAAGGAAAGGAUACCUGUGAGCAGGUCAAGAACAUCUUUAUCAGUAACAGCAUGAUUGUAUUCUUUGUUAGAAAUCAUCGAAUCAAUUUUUAUGGGAUUUUAUUUUGUAAAGUACUCUGGGUAAUGUACUGAGAGUGCAGUGAAGCUAGCAGCUCAUGUAACAGUAGCGCUGUUUUUUCUUGUAAAGCUAUUUACAUUUUCCUGAUGUACAGACUUGGUUUGCAAUUUUUAUCUGAAAUUUCAUCAAUGUCAGAUGACUUAACCUUAAGAGCA